CUUCCUUCUGGCUGAUGCGGAUCCAGUGGCCGAGCAGCCGCUAGCGACGUGGCGGAGACUGGGGCUGAAGUGUAGCGAGUGCUUGGAACGUUGUGCGGGCGGGCGGGCGGGCUGACCGGGCCGGGGUGGGUGGGUGCAGCUGACUGACUCUCUGCAACGCCAGGGCUCCCUGCUGCCUCUGCCCGCUCGGGGGUAUGUCCCUCAGGGCAGGAACAGCAUCCUCGGUCUCAGCGCCCUCCGGCUCGCAGCCGCUAACCACGCCGCCCCGCACUAGGAUCUACAAGAUCAUCGUUAUUGGAGACUCGGGCGUGGGCAAGACGUGCCUGACCUACCGCUUCUGCGCUGGCAAGUUCCCCGACAAGACCGAGGCCACCAUCGGGGUGGAUUUCCGAGAGAAGACGGUGGAAAUAGAUGGAGAAAAAAUUAAGAUCCAGCUUUGGGACACGGCUGGCCAGGAACGUUUUCGGAAGAGCAUGGUGCAGCACUACUACAGAAAUGUUCAUGCUGUUGUCUUUGUGUAUGACAUGACCAACCCUGUUAGUUUCCAGAGUCUCCCAGCCUGGAUUGAAGAAUGCAAACGGCACUCACUCGGUGGAGAAGUUCCGCGCAUCCUGGUGGGGAAUAAGUGCGACCUAAAAGACGCCACCAAAGUGGAAACUGACCUGGCACAAAAGUUUGCCGAUAGUCAAAGCAUGCCGCUAUUUGAAACCUCGGCUAAGAACCCAAAUGACAACGAUCACGUGGAAGCCAUUUUCAUGACUUUGGCUCAUAAACUAAAGAACCGCAAGCCAAUGAUGCUGAGUCAGCUCCAAGUAGACGAGUCCAAAGUUGUGCUGGAAUCUGAACCAAAGCCUAGUGUGGAGUGUUACUGUUAAAGGGGAACAUGGUUUGUUUUAAAUUCAAAAGAAGAUAAAAAAGCGCUUUGCUGCUAAAUAUUGUUUAAAGUGUGGAAAUAACAGGAGUAAAUUAUCUGAAUGAACCUGGCAGAUCCUGUCAACCGUCCAUGAGAGGAAAUACAGUUGAACAAGAAUUUAAACAUAUACCCAACCAAACACUGACUGAAAAUGAAGCUAAUGAACAUUUCAGAACUGAAAUGUGUACAUUUCUGGUAUUUGUUGCCAGUUAUUAAUUUUAUAUAUUGACAUACAAGAGACAUAUUCAUCCAAUAUACCUUAUUCAGUUAACAGUCACAUACUUCCUCAUCCUUUCAUUGGCUCAUUUCCUUGGCUUUUGCUUUUCCAUCAGGAAAAAUGAUUAUUUUGGUAUUGGAAGCCCUUCACUUGAUUAGUUAGUUGACACAGUAAAUAGCUGAGUUACAGGGAAGGAGGAUCUCCAGUUUGAUUGCCAUUUUGUGCUCUGUUGGGAGAUGUUGACCAGAACAGUAAUGGGUCAUGGUCAUUGAUCUCAGCUCUCCAGUUAAAUCUAGAAACCUGAUCUGCCUUCUGCACUGCUUGCCACCAGUGGCGGACUGUCUAAAAAUAUUGGUUGCCAGGGGCCCACUUGAUAUAGGGGGCCCACUUCAUCAGGGGCCCACUUGAUAUAGGGGGCCCACUUCAU